UUAAGCUUUUUGAGGGGGUGGUUUUUUUGUUUUCAGAGGGUUUUAUGUCUUUCUUCUUCUUCCUAUUCUUAAAAAAAAAAAAAGAGAGAUUGAGAUAGAGAAAGUGAAGGACGAUCGCAAAAUCUUCCAAGGAUUUUACAAAGCUUCUUUUAUAACAAAAAUAAAUUUGUAUAGCAUUUUUAUCAUCAAUUUGCUUUCUUUUUUUUUUUUUUUUUUUUUUUUUUUUUUNNNUUUUUUGAAUAAUCAGAGAUUUGGCACUGGGGUAAAGUAGCAUACAUUUCUUUUUUCCCAGUUUGCGUGAUCUAUAAUUUAACUCCUGUGCGCGAGAUUGUGAUCCAAGAGGGCUCGUCGUUGUUUUCGUGAUUCGGGGUUGUUUUUGUUACGCGUAAUUGAGAGAUAUGGUGGUUAAGAGGAAGUUAAGUUGUGGCUCUAAUGUCUUUGAUUUCCCUAGUAUUCCCAAGGCUCCUCGUUCUAGCCUCAGGAGGAAGGUAUCAUCAAGUAAGUUAGCUGAUGAUAAGGAUAACAGUCAGAUCUGUGCGAUUGAUUUGCUUGCUUCUCUUGCUGGAAAGUUACUUGAAGAAAGCGAGAGUUCUUCAACGUCUACUACCUAUGCGAAUCAUGAUCAUCUCGGUGGUGGAGUCAUUAAGCAGGAGGUACUUGAAGAUGUCUAUAAUAAUAACAAGCCUUGUAAAUCUGAGUUCUCUGAUCAUGUAAACCUUGCCUCAAAGUCCACUAGUAGCGUGACGUGUUUGCAAGUUUCGUCUGUGGAUAAUGAUGGCAUCUUGGAGCAAACACCGGUUUUUUCUGAUUGUAAGAAGGAGGAGUGUGGUUUGAAGUCCCUUGUUGGCACUGAGGAGGAGACAUGUGUUGUGAAUGAGGCUGGUGGUUUCGUUGCUGAUGGUUUUAGUUUAAAGGAUCCGAGUCAAUUACGUUUGCAGUCUCCAGAAUCAGUCCAUCUGGAUGGUGAUGUUAAAUUGGCACCAUGCACAGAUCGUGUCCUCGAUGAUUCUUUUGAAGGAUAUGUGAAUCAUUCUAAGUUAGUUUGCAGAGAUGAUGACGAUAACUAUUGUAAGUAUUACAAAUUUAGUGACAACUGUAAGAAGUCGUAUAGGCCUCCUCCCUCUCGGGUUGGAAAUCGAAGAAUCAAGAAGUGUGUGAUGAAAAAUUACGGGAGAGGAGUCUCCAAGUUGAAGUGUUCUGAAGACACUAGAACAGAUGGUCAUUUGAAGGCUCUGUACCGCAAGAGAAAAUUACCUUAUUAUGGUUACAACCCAUGGAAGCGUGAGACCGUUCAUAGGAAGAGAAGACUGUCUGACAAAGGGUUGGUCGUAAAUUAUGACGGAGGACUCAGUAGUGAAAGUGUUUCUAAUUCACCUCUGAAGCGAGAAUCAGAAGACGGUAUUCUCUCUAGCGAAAUAGGUCUUCAUUUAAAGGACUCCCCUGUCAAGUUCAGCAUCAAGUCGCUUAGGAUUCCGGAGCUUGUUAUUGAAGUUCCAGAGACAGCAACUGUAGGGUUACUGAAGAGGACGGUGAAAGAGGCUGUUACUGCUUUACUCGGUGGUGGAAUACGUAUUGGGGUGUUAGUCCAAGGGAAGAAGGUUAGGGAUGACAGCAGCACUCUAUCACAGACUGGUCUUUCGUGUAGAGAUAACAACCUUGGCUUCACCUUGGAGCCUGGUCCUGAAACACUGCCUGUACCUCUUUGCUCUGAAACUCCUGUUGUUUCUAUGCCAACCGAUUCCACCGAUUUGUCAGAAAGGUCCGCAGCUUCUCCCGCAUUAGAUAUUGUAAUCCCUCUCCCUCCCCAAGAUGCAGAUCUCCUGAUUAAUUCAGGAAAAAGUGUGGAGACUAACCAUGAGUUAGUCCCAUAUCAGAGUGACAUAUCAGCUGAUGAACAACCUUCAUCAGAUUCAAGAGCGUUGGUUCCAGUUUCGGCCUUGGAAUCCGGGCCUCUAGCAAUUGUUCCACUUAAUGAGAAACCUAAGCGUACAGAGCUUUCACAGCGAAGAACCAGAAGACCAUUCUCUGUUACAGAGGUAGAAGCUCUAGUACAAGCAGUUGAAGAAGUUGGGACUGGAAGAUGGCGUGAUGUGAAAUUGCGUUCUUUUGAGAAUGCAAGUCAUCGAACCUACGUGGACUUGAAGGACAAAUGGAAAACGUUGGUUCACACAGCAAGUAUUUCACCACAGCAACGAAGAGGAGAACCAGUGCCUCAAGAACUUCUAGACAGAGUCUUAGCAGCACAUAGGCAUUGGUCAGAGCACCAAAUGAAACAGAACGGGAAACUACAGGUGGCUACAACAAUGGUGGUUGUUCAAUCAGGUUCGUCCAUGUAAAGAAGGGGAAAGAUAACAACAAUAACUUUCACUUGACGACUAAGGAAACAUCGUGGGCAACUGUACAAAGGCAAACCAACAAAAGUAUAGAAGCAUGCUUAAUUUCUAAUAAGAAGACUAUAUAUAUAUAUAUAUAUAUAUAUAUUUAUUUUUGUUAUCGAAGCUGCCAGAAACAAGACGUUCCUUUGACUCUUUUGGUUACUUUAUGGUACAUCUGUUCAUUCCAAAUUUCUAAUUGAUUUGAAUUUGUAAUAUGAUGUUAUUAUUGGUUGGUAGGUCCGGGAAAUGUAAUUUUAGACAAUUCUUUUAUUUUUUUUUGUUCAUCAUUCAAUCUAUGGCAGUUUAACU